AUGGAUGAUUUCGGCGGUGAUGAAACUGGUUCCCCAUACACCUCUGGAACAGACAGAAAACGUAGACGUGGAGUUAUUGAAAAACGCAGACGUGAUCGAAUCAACUGCAGUCUGGCAGAUCUUAAGCGUUUAGUACCAGAUUCGAAUUAUAAACCGGGUUCAGCUAAAUUAGAAAAAGCUGAAAUACUCCAGUUGACUGUUGAGUUCCUACAGAAACUUCAUAAAGAUGGUCAUGUACUUAACUCAGAAGCACGGGCUGUUGAAUUACGUCGUAUUGGAUUUAAAGAUUGUCUACUAGAAGUAACCCGAUUAUUAUCAACAUACGAUGGUGUAAAUAUUUCUGGUCAAGAGUUAACACGACACCUACUAAGUCAUCUUUAUCAAUGUGAAAAGCAGAGAGAUUCAGAGGCAAAAACUUAUUUAGCUAAUAUUGCUGCUGUUGCGAAUUCUAUGCUGAUACAAACAGGCACCUUAAAUCAAACUUCUACAAAGAAUACACAAUACUCUCAACAACAAUAUUAUCACACUCUUCAGGGGAAUUAUAUCUCAAACGAGUUGAAUAACUCAAAUGUCACAAAAUCAAAAUCCAGUAAAAUCAAUUCAGGUGUUUGUGAACAUGCAGAACUUAAGUUGAACAAACUACCGACAACAGAUGCCUCGCUGAAUCCUUCACAAAUUAAAUUAUCUCAUCAGACCUAUCAUCCAUAUACUAACUCAUCAUCAGUAUCAUCAACAUUCUACACCAAUGGUGGUAAUAACUACACACCAUAUCAUCAUUAUACAGACUAUCAUCUACUAGAACAACAAAAUCCAUUCAAGCAUACACUGAAAGUGGAGGAGAAAGGAUCUGAUCAGUUAUCCAACUUUUAUUUUCAAUCAGAUUCACUUUAUCCUAACUAUGUUUAUGGCGAACAGUGGAAUAAACAUUUAGCGUAUUCUUCUUCUUCUGCCUAUUCAUCCACACCAUCUACACUGUCUGAUGUUAUCACAUCAAACUAUGUGAACAAUAAUUUUAAUCCACUGUCUAACUCGACAUCUGUUUCUUUCAGUAAUACAGUAUAUCCUACUACUACAGGUAUGGGUCCAAAUGAAAGUCAGUCGACUUCAUCACCACCAUUUCGUUCAACACCGGAUGAUUCAGAUAUUGGUUUUAGUCCACAUUUAAAAAGCAAUCUAUCAGGAGUUAUUGGUAAUGAUGAAAUCGAGGAGGAAUGUGGUUAUUCUACACGUGAAUGUACUGGUCAUAUGACAGUAACAUUGACAUCGUCUACAACAACAAUGACGACACCUUCAGCAAAAACAAUAUCUGCAACAAAUUAUCCACAGUCCAACUAUCAUAAUGAUUAUGAUUAUACUUAUCAUAGAAAGAAUGAUGUUUGCAUGAAUUUAUCCGCUGAUUAUCCAUGUUCUCCUGUUAAGUUGAAUUCAAUGCCUAUACACACCGGUGAUGUAUAUCCGAGACAUUUAACAAAUACCUACAAUAGUAACAAUAAUAAUAAUAACAACAGCAACAACAACAUUGACAUGCUUUAUCCAAGUUACACAAAUGAAUCAUGGCGUCAAAUUAAUACAACAACAGACUUGGUACAGCAUAAAGAUUAUGCAUUUCAUUCACAUCUAUCAACUCCUGCAUUACACAUGCAUGAACAUAGAAACCCAUCUACUCAGCCUUAUUCAGCAAAUACCCUGGAUGUCGACACUGCACCUGUUACUGCUAACACUAUUCUGGAGGGUACUUGUGAUAAAAAACUGUUAGCAGAAUAA